CGAAGGAACUCAACACUUCGCUGCUCAAUUUGGAGCGAUGGCGGCAUGAAUGAAGCUUGAUCUCACCUUGGCCGCCCGCCAACUGUUCAAAGUGAUUCGCGUUGACUAAACAAUUACUGCUUGGUGUUCAGACCCAAAAACAAAAGGAGAAAAAUUUCUUGAUUGAUGAAGUAGAAGGAUAUGGCUUGGAGGCGCAAUUUGUCCACCACCGGAACCUUAAUUGCCAGAAGGCUACGCCCGUCAUUCUUUCACAUUCACCGUGACAACCUCGAUGAACCAAUUUGCCGUUCGCCGGGGAGGGAUUAUUCAUCUCCGUCCACUUCAAUCAACUCAUUGCCCCGUGCUGCUUCCGGGUCAAGGAAUCUUCUCAGCCCUCGAUCAAUGGAUAGACAGGGUUUGUUGUUCAUGCCACCACCUGGGAUCAGCUCCUCACUGUGUAGAUAUAUGUCCAAUGCUAGUGGAGAUGACAGCUCGUUUAAGAUUGAUGACUUUUGUCGCGACCUACCCUCGGGGGGAGGGAGCAGGUUUAGGGGUAUUGCCCAAAUGACGGGCCUAAGGCCCAUGAUUAGGCGCGGGCUCUCCUGCCCCAUACCCCGUUUUCGAAGACCGACACAGAGGGAAGAAGACCCUCGCUCGUGGGCUGAAAGGGAAAAAAAGGGAUAUAUGUCCAAUGCUAGUGGAGAUGACAGCUCGUUUAAGAUUGAUGACUUUGUUGGGGAAGCAACCCCUGAGAAGGUGAUGGAUGUGGUUACUUCCCAACCUUCUGCUAUGAGUGAAGUGGCACUUGCUGCAGCAGACUCUUCUUACCCUGUUGCCGGAAUUGAGUACCUGAUUGGUGCGGUGCAUUCGUUUACUGGCUUGAAUUGGUGGGCAUCUAUAGCCUUGACAACUGUAUUAAUCAGAGGAGCGACAGUUCCGCUGCAAAUAAAUCAAAUGCGUUCUACUGCAAAACUCAGUUUAAUGAGACGCGUGGAAGAGUUGAACCAAACAUUGAGGGAGACGGCAAAUGCUCCUGAUGCUGCGUCCAAAUACCUGCAAAGUUUCGCAUCAUUAUUCAAAGAAUAUGGCGUCAGUCCAUUCACUCCUCUGAAAGGACUCCUGAUGCGAGGUCCCAUCUUCAUUAGUUUUUUCUUUGCUGUAAAUAAAAACAUGGCUGAAAAAAUUCCGUCUUUUCAAACUGGUGGAACUCUCUGGUUUGUCAAUCUGGCAACUCCAGAUAGCCUUUACAUCCUACCAAUCCUGACAGCUCUGACCUUCUGGAUUGCUGUAGAGUUCCAUUUAGAAGGACUCAAUGGAACCGCUGUGGCUGGUACCAUGAAAAAAUUCUUUAGGGUCUUCACUGUUCUCUCAAUUCCAGUUAUGAUGUGUUUCCCAAAGGCAAUGUUUGGUUAUUGGCUUACCUCCAACAUGUUCUCCCUUGCAUUUGGAUUAGGUCAGUCCUGAUGGUGGC